AUGGCGUCAGCGCACCAGCCUGCCGGCGACGCGCUGUUCCUCCCUCCACCGACGCAGUCCGCCGCAGCGGCGAGCACGACGCUCUGUUGCUUGUGCGGCGUCGCGAUGCCGCCCAAUGCGGCAAACAUGUGCGCACCCUGCCUCCGCGCGCGCGUCGACGUCACCGAGGGCGCGCCGCGCCACGCCGCCGUGGUGCACUGCCCUUCGUGCUCCUCCUACCUCGAGCCCCCGCGGCGCUGGACCCGCGCCGCGCCGGAGUCAGCCGAGCUCUUGCAGCUGCUCCUCCGCCGCGUGCAGCGCCCGCUCCAGCGCCUCGGCGUGUCCCUCUCCGCGGCCGAGUUCGUCUUCACCGAGCCGCACUCCAAGCGCCUCAUGCUCCGCCUCCGCCUCCGCCGCGAGGUCCUCCCCGGCUGCGGCGUCGCGCUGGAGCGGGACCACGCCGUCGAGUUCACCGUCCACGACCGCCUCUGCGACAGCUGCUCCCGCGCCCGCGCCGACCCUGAACAGGACCAGUGGUGCGCCGUCGUGCAGCUGCGGCAGCGAGCGGCGCACCGGCGCACGCUGCUCCAUCUCGAGCAUCGGCUGGCCGCCCUCGGCGCGGCCGGCUCGGCCACCCGCGUCGACGUAACCGGCGCCGGCGGGAUCGACUUCUUCUUCGCGUCCCGGUCCCAAGCUGCCAGCCUUGUCGCGCUCAUCGCCUCCCUCGCGCCGGCGCGCGUGGCGGACGCGGCGAGGCAGCUCGUGUCGCACGACACCAAGAGCAACACGUACCGCCACCGGCACGCCUUCUCCGUGGAGCUCUGCCCGGUGUGCCGCGACGACCUCGUCUUCCACCCGGGGGAGGCGUCGCGCGCUCUCGGCGGGCUCGGGCCACUCGUGCUCUGCGUCAGGGUCACCGACACGCUGGCCCUCCUCGACGCCUCCACCCACCGCAUUGUCAACCUCGGGAUGAAGGAGUAUGACCGGCACAGGUUGGAGCCCGUCCUCACCAGCCGCCAGCUCGUGGAGUACGUGGUGCUGGACGUCGACACCUCGCCGGCCACGACGGCCGCCAGGUUCGGGUACCGCACAGCGUACGCGCAGGUUGUCCGGGCGUCGGAGCUGGGCAGGAGCGAUGCAAUGGUCACCGUGAGGACGCACCUUGGGCACAUCCUGGGCCCUGGCGACCGCGCGCUCGGCUACGACCUCCGUGGUGCCAACACCCUCGGCGUGGAUAGCCACUGCUUGCCGGACGCGGUGCUGGUCAAGAAGAUGUACGAGAAGAAAAUGCAUCAGGGCGGCAGCGGGAGUGAUAAAAUGCAGCAGGACGAGAUCGGCAUCGACGAGAUCGCCAUGGGAAUUGGAGGAAUUGACCUGGACCCGUGCGACGAGGUGGAGCUCGACGAAUUGCUCGAGGACCUCAGAAUUUGA